AUGGCGCAGCCUGGCCAGGAUGCCAAAUUCUUCCAGCGCGGAAAGAUCGAGGAGUUUCGUACAGAAUUGCAAGCGGCUGAAACGAAGGACAAAAAGUAUGUGAAACGAAAGACAGUCUUGAAAAAAAUUGUGGCGAACAUUACGAUGGGCAACGACAUGUCACCACUAUUUACGGAUGUCGUCCAAUGCCUGGGUACUCCACUUCUGGAGAUCAAGAAGAUGGUUUACCUUUUUCUUGUGAGUUAUGGCAGGUUGAAGCCAGAUCAAAUACAUCUCGUUAUUCCCAACUUUCUACAGGAUUGCGGUGAUCGUAACCCUCUUAUUCGAGCACUCGCCAUCCGAACGAUGUCAUACAUCCCUAUUCCUGUUGUCACCGACGCGCUGUCAGAGAAUUUACGACACUGCUUAAAGGACCGUGAUGCUUAUGUUCGGAAAACAGCUGCUAUAUGUGUAGCCAAACUCUAUACUGCAGACCCUCGAAGAGCUGAGAAAGGAGGGUUCGUUGAAAUGCUCCGCGAUUUAAUGUUGGAUAGCAACGCAACGGUUGUGGCGAACGCGGUGGCUGCGUUGUCGGAGAUUGGCGACCGACAGGAUGGCGUUAUCUUCCGGCUCAAUUUGACGACGGCGAAUAAGCUCUUGGCAGCGCUCGGAGAAAGCUCGGAGUGGGGACAGAUUUACAUAUUGGAUUCUUUAUUGCGAUAUGUGCCCGAGAGGCACGAGGACGCUGAAACAAUGGCAGAGCGCAUUAUCGUGCAACUUCAACAUGCCAAUUCCGCUGUAGUUCUCACCACCAUUAAAGUCCUUCUAUAUAUAAUGAAUUACAUGGAAAACCGCCGCCUCAUCGACUACUGUUGCAAGAAAAUGGGACCUCCAUUAGUCACUUUGCUGUCUUCUGGGCCAGAAGUUCAGUAUGUGGCUCUUCGAAACAUUUUGCUUAUCAUUCAGCGGAGGCCAGCGGUCCUCAAGAACGACGUCAAGGUCUUCUUUUGCAAAUACAAUGACCCCAUCUACGUUAAAUUGGCAAAACUUGAGAUUAUGUACCGCCUAGCACGCGCGGAAAAUGCGACGGAAGUUUUGGCGGAACUACAGGAGUACGCUUCCGAAGUCGAUGUUGAUUUCGUUCGUAAAGCAGUUCGAUCUAUUGGGCGUUUGGCUAUCAAAGUUGAAGCAGCUGCCGACCGCUGCAUCCAAGCUCUUCUUGAUCUCAUCGAAACCAAAGUGACUUACGUGGUACAGGAAGCCGUCAUUGUUACCAAGGAUAUCUUCCGUAGAUACCCAGGCAAGUACGAAGGAAUUAUUCCGACCCUGUGCGAGAAUCUGGACGCGUUGGACGAACCAGAGUCGAAAGCAGCCAUGGUGUGGAUUCUGGGGCAAUUUGGAAACAGAAUUGACAACGCCGAUGAACUCUUGGAUGACCUUCUUUACACUUUCUUGGACGAAAGUGUCGAGGUUCAACUUGCACUGCUUACGGCCGCUGUCAAGCUUUUUAUCUACAAGUCGAAGUCAGAUAAAACGAAAGAGUUGGUUCAUAAGGUAUUGAAAUGGGCCACGGAAGACGUCGACAACCCUGAUUUACGAGACAGAGGAUUCAUGUACUGGCGUAUGUUGGCGAUUAACCCAACUGUCGCGGGGGAAAUUGUUCUGGCUGAAAAGCCGGCUAUAACUACCGAUUCAGACAGGAUGGAUAGAGGCGCUUUAGAUCAGCUCCUCCUCCACACUGGGACGUUGGGAAGCAUCUAUCACAAGAAUCCUGAGACUUUCAUUCGAAAUUCAACAGGAAAAGCCCUAGUUGACAGUCCAGCGUUGAACGCCCACUCUCGUGCUGUUCUGGUCUCCUUGCCUCGCGUUCAACUUCCACACACCGUUGUCAGCGUCCCAGGCCCCGGCCCCUCGGAACCCAAGGUCCAAGCACCAAGCCCUUUACCUGAAUUGAAACCUGUGCCUCCAACGCUAGAUUCGACCCCCACUGGCUCACCAUCUCCAGUCGCCCCCAUCAGCAGAGAAGCUGGUGACAACUCGUCGGACCAGGACGACGACGUUGAUCCACCCGCGGCUGGAGCACAGGAUCCUUACUCAAACUUAGAAGGGGCUUUUGGUAAUUAUUUGGCAGAUGAACCACGGCCGAUGAAGGGUGGAAGACAUAAUGAUGAUGAUCUCUUGUUCUAG